AUGGACAUUAGUCAGGCCUUUAGAAUUUUAUUGGUUCACCCAGCUGAUUUUGACCUUCUGGGAAUUUUCUUUGAUGGGAAAUAUUAUAUUAAUAAAUGUCUGCCUGAAGGCUGCUCUAUAUCAUGUGCCUUCUUUGAAAAAUUUGCCACCUUUUUGCAUAAAACAGUUGCAUUGAAAGCUGGCAUUGAGACUUUAGACCACUAUUUGGAUGACUUUUUCUUUGCUGGUGAAAGUUCAACGGAUAAUUGUACCAUUUUGAUGGACACUUUUAAUGAAGUAUGUAGGCAGUUAGGUGUUCCACUAGCAGAGAAUAAAACAGUAGGUCCUACUACAUGUAUCACAUUUCUAGGCCUUGAAAUUGACACAGUACUUAUGUUGGUUAGAAUCCCCCCUGAAAAACUGGAUAAACUUAAAUUUAUGCUUGAUCAGAUCUUGUCAAAAAAGAAAAUGGCACUGAAGGAACUUGAAUCAAUUACUGGUUUAAUGGCAUUUUGUUCAAGGGCUAUUAUAUCAGCCCGUGCAUUCAUUCGUCGUUUUUACGAUUUGAUAGCUUCAGUUAAGAAUGGAAAGCCUUAUUAUACUGUCAGAUUGAAUUCAGAGGUCAAAGCAGAUGCUAGAGUUUGGUUAAAUUUUCUAGAUCAAUUCAAUGGUCAGUGUUAUUUUCCUGAUAGAUGUUGGUCGACUAAUGAAAGUCUGGAAUUAUUCACUGAUAGUGCAGGUAAUGUUUUAUUAGGUUGUGGAGCUUAUUUUCAAGGUCACUGGGUACAAUACCAGUGGCCCAGUAGUUGGGCUGAUACUAGCAUUCUAUUGGAUAUAACAUGUUUGGAGCUUAUUCCCAUCGUGCUGUCUUUCAUGAUAUGGGGUCCUUCAUUUAGAAAUAAAAAGAUUUUGUUGAGAAUAGAUAAUCAGGCAUUAGUAAGCAUUGUGAACAAAAGAACAUCAAAAUCAAAGAGAGUUAUGAUAUGGAUAAGACAACUAGUUUUUCUCACUAUGAACAAUAACAUACAAUUUAGGGCACAACAUAUUGAGGGUGAGCAUAAUGCAAUCGCAGAUGCUCUUUCUCGAUUUCAGGAACAACGUUUUAUGGACUUGGUCCCGAAUGCAGACAGUUCUCCAGCAGCAAUCCCACAAGAAUUCCUGUCGAUGAUUUCAGAACUGAAAUGA